GAUGGCUCAUGCACAUUUGUCUCCCAAGCUGCGAGAGUCGCAAAUAGUCCAUAUUUUCCAUACAUGACAAUCACUUCUUAACGAAAAUGGGCGCUGCACGAGUUGUUUCUGUGGGUUUGGGCACACUCGCGAUGGUAGAACUCCUGCGACGGGCUGUGCUCGGCUGGAAGCGACGCAAGUUCUGUGGCCUCGACAGUCUGGUGUCCUUCAGCGCCUGCGUCAUUGCAGCCCGCCGCGCCUUCGAGACGGAGCUGCCGGACGCGUACAUCCGCGACCCCCUUGCAGAGGGGCUGUGCGGCAAGGAGGCGCUGGAGUCGUGCCGCAAGCGCCUGGCAGCAUCAGAGCUAAAGCGCAGUGAAACCGCUGCUACGGCCACAGCUACUACCUCCUCCACCACCAGCGACGCCGCGCCUGCAUCGGCCCAGCCCGGCGACCCACAUGCCAGCGCACCCCAAAGUGCCACGGCCGCGGCGGCUGCGCCGCCGGCCCCUGAGCAGCAGGCAGGGCAGGGCCGCGCGGUAGCGGUGGGGAAACGUCCCAUCUCGCGCCUCAUUAUCCGCACCAAGUUUUUUGACGACGUGGCCUCCAUAGUGACGUGGCAUGGCGCCGCCGCUGCUGCCACGGUGCCCUGCCACGUGCCACUGGCGGCGGUGUGCCGCGCCGCGGCGGUGUGCCGACAGGUGGUGCUGCUGGGUUCAGGCCUGGAUUCUCGCCCGUGGCGGCUGGCGCUGCCCCCUGGUGUGGCCUGGUUUGAGGUGGACCGGCGCGAUGUGCUGGCAGCCAAAACCCGGCGACUCAAGGAGAUGGGCGCACAGACCCGCGCAGACAGCAGGCCACAGGCUGCGCUGCAGAUGCACAGCCUGACGGGUGCGGGCAGUGGCGCGGUGGCGCAGCAGCAACAGCAGCAGGCCGGGUUGCAGGAGCAGCAGGGGCAAGGGCAGCGCGUGUGCACGCACCCGCUCACGGCGCGCAGCUGGGACUGCGUGGCGGUGGACCUGCAGCACAGGGGCUGGUCGCGGGGGCUGCUGCGUGCGGGGCUGGAUCCGGCACAGCCCGUGUGCUGGAUCCUGGAGGGGCUGCUGUACUACCUGGAGGAGCGCGACGUGCGGGCGCUGCUGCAGGAGGCGGCAUCCGUUUCGGCACCAGGAAGCGUCCUCGCAGCCUCCAUCAUCCAAGCACCGCCAGCGCCGCCGGCCGCCACCGCCGGCGCAGAUUCAGGCUCAGGAUCCGCCUCCUCCGCCGCCACGCCAACAGCGGCGGCCGCUUCGGCGGCGGCAACCCCGCCGUCCCCCGUCGCUGCACCAGGCACACCCACUGUAGCCGCUGCUGCGGCUGAUGCGGCCAGCGUCGAGGCGCCGUCGAAGGGUGCUAUGAAGGCUGAGGGCAAGGGCAGCGGCGCGUGGAACGUCCGCUCGGAGUUCAAGUGGCGCUGCGAGGGUGGCGUGUCCAAGUUCUUGGCGGAGUGCGGCUGGUCGGCUCUGUGGACCGAGUCGUGGCUGCAGACGGUGCAGUCCUACGGCCUGACGCCCGAGGGGGGCAGCACUGCGUCCGGCGUCUACUUCACCAGCGCCAAGCUGGCCUAGGUUAUUCGUGAGCAAGCGGCAAAGGCGUUCAGGCGGCCCUGAGGCCCCGGCACUCGUGAGGGACCCCCUGUUAUGCUGUGUCAUUCGAAUACACAUCCUGGAGGGAGCGUGCAAAUGCGGGACAGGGCUGGACUACCCCUGUGUGAGGAGCGCGCGGUGUGCUUGCGGGCGUGGCCCUUUGCGUCAGUGCGGAGGCGGAUGCUACCGGUAUCUGAGGCGUGAUUGCACCUGCCGUGUCGUGUCGGUGGCCGGGAGGCGCAACUGAUGGACGCUGUGUUUACUGCUGUUACGCUUGUACGUGAGCGCAAUGAGCAAUUUUUUGCAUGCAUCGUGCACGAUUUUGUGGUUGCAGUGAUUGCCGGCUUGGCCUGAGCUGGCCUGAGCGUGCAGAGUUUUGUGUUUCUGCAGAGGUAGCCUGGGAAUUGGGAGCGAGUUACUGCGUACCUUGCAAGUGUGCGUUGGCUUUGGCAGGACUAUUCCGCAAGGAGUCGCAGUACACAGUACGGUAUUUGAGCACGGUAUUUGAGAAGCAGGCAAGCAGGCCGCUGCAUGGGCAGGAUGCCGUGCUCUGUUUUCUCUACACCUUACAGGGGUUUUGGGUGAGCCCCCGGACCACAGCGAUUCAGGGGGGGGGGGCGAAGCCCCUUAGGAACACCCGUGCGUGCGUGCGUGCGUGUGAGGUUCGGGUGCUAUUGCAACUGUAAUGUGACAUCACA